CGUAAAGCCCACCACGCUGCUCCCCGGGGACCAGCGGAACGGAGAGACCGACGUGUGAUUCCUCUUUGUACUCAACCAGAAGAGUUGCGGCCGGCUCUGCCUCCGCUGCCUUCUCCUUUUUUAACAGAAGCAGGGAGCCUGACUGCUGGAAAUAGCCCGAUAAGCCGGUUACACGUCCACUUGAACCGCAGCAGUCGGUCUGUCUUUGUGGAAGCGGACAUCCCAUGUCAGUGUCCCUUUGAGCCAUUUUGGACAACAAAAGGUCCAGCGACCGUUAUUUUCUUUUCUUUUUUUUUCUUACCGGGGGGAUUUCAAGUCACACACAGCUAUUUAUUUGUAGAACAACAGUCCCAUUUUUUUACACUUCCACACCUCCAGAUAGGAGAGGGGUCCUUUUUCCUUUUUUUUUUUAAAAAAAGAGAAAAAUCAUCCCCUAACCGAGCGACAAUGGCAGCUGUAACGAGCCCGGAGACAAGCCCUCAACCGCGGGUAUAUUUCCAGACGCCGGCCGGCACCACGGAGGAACCGGAGACUCCCGUUAGGAAGCAGGGAAGGGUUACCGUCAAAUACGACCGAAAGGAGCUGAGGAAGAGACUGAACCUGGAGGAGUGGAUCAUCGACCAGCUAACGGACCUCUACGACUGCGAGGAGGAAGCCAUCCCAGAGCUGGAGAUCGACGUGGAUGAACUGCUGGACAUGCCCAGUGACGUUGAGCGAGCAGCCAGGGUCAAGGACUUGCUGGUUGACUGUUUUAAACCCACUGAGGAUUUCAUCUCAGAGCUGCUUGACAAGAUCAGAGGAAUGCAGAAGCUCUCUACGCCUCAGAAGAAAUGAUGGCGUCCAAACUUUCCCCACGUUUUCCCCUCCUCUCCGGCCCUCCAUCUCGUCUUCCUUCCACGCUCCUCGUUUUUUAUUUAAGGUCCUCUUCCUCCUCCGUUGAAGGUCAUAAAAUGUUAGAAUUGCUUCUGAUCAUAGUUGUCUCUGUCUUGGUUUUUUGCGUGUGCCGUGAUGGAUCUGGACUUCUUUCAUCAGCAGAAAUGAAUAACUCGCCUUGCGGCUCGUCUCUCCUCUCCCUACUGUUUCGUCUCCUGCCGUUACUCUACUUUUCUCUUCCUAAUCUUCCUCCCACCUGUCCCAUCUGUCUGAGGAGGAGCAGAGUCCCAUAAUUACUGUAAAAGCGGGGAAGAACAAGUAAAAUACGAAACGGAGUGAAAACUGAGGAUGAAACAGGGGCAAAUACUUCAGCCUCCACCAGCGAGAUUAUGUGAAUAUUUUAACUUGUUUGAGAUUUUUUCCCUCUCCUGGUUCUGUUUGAGGGAGAUCGUCACUUCACUUAAUCUUUUUUUAAUAAUAAUAUUUUUGGGGUUCUGUUUCUGCCGCCUAAGCACAGGGAGUGCUGCAAAAGGACUUUUUUGGUGUCUCUUAAAGGGCAUAUAUCAUCAUGUUAGCAACUUCAUCUGUGUCCAGACUCACAGCUCAGAAUAGUUGGACUCAUUUCAUGACUAAAAUUGAGAAAUAUGUAAAAAAGUAAAAUAAAACAAAAAAGUGACAGGAAGAGGAAAUGUAAAGCAGCUGAAAGUUGCUGAAGAGAAUAAAAUUUGGAUUCAUAAAGUGAUCAUUUUUAUGAAAAUGAAAUAUCCAAGAGAUUGGAGAUCUUACAAACCGGCAGACUUCAGGAGGAUUUAAAAGCUCAGUCAGGAAGUCUUCCUGUAAUUACAGUGGAGAACUUGGGAUAAAAAUCUGAACCAGUACAUUUACUGCUCCAGUUGCUGCUCAGAAAAAAAAAAUCAAUCUUAUGCUACGCCAGUUGUGGCUAGAAGAACAGAGCUGAGAUCAAAUAAAAAAAUCUAACCAAAUGUUAUUUGUAUAACACAUUUAAGCAACAAGGCAUUUCAAAGUGCUUUACAUCAUAAAAAUACAAAGUCAAAGAACACGUGGCACAUUUUGCCGUCAUUACACAUUAGAUUGUUUAUUAGAAUCUCAAUUGUUGACAGAGAUACUUCAUCUGUUCUCCUUCAUUUGACUUAUAAACGAUAAAACAAACAAAAUCCUGCUAAUUAUUGAAAAGAAAACAGCAUUUUCUUACAGGAUAAACUUUAUGCUCACAAACAGCCAUCACCUCGGUCUGGCUGUUGAUUCCCUGCUUUUCGUCUCCUGAUCGCUUUAACUCUGGUUGUUUUUUAGGGCAACACGUUUGAAAAUCUCUCACUCCUGCUAUUCUUCUCCACAUACUCAUUAAAAAUGUAGUUCUGUGAUUACCAUGAGAGAUUUUCAGACUUUACGUAGUUAUCCAUAUAUGGUAGUGCCUUCCUGUUUCAGUAGGCGUGACUCGAAAGAGUCUUUUUGUUUAAAGAAAAGACUUGGAUGUAGUGUGUAUGUUUCUUAGGGUUUUCUGGCUCUAUUAUAUGGUGAUAUAUGCUCUUUUACAUAAACCCAGCACUGUGUCAUUUUUGGGGGAAGAAAAUCUGAACCUCUGACCACAGCGUCGUGUAAAUCUAUCUUUAGUACAGCGAAGAGGAAACUUUGAUGCCUGGAAAUAGUGAUUGAACCUUUAGAAAGACUCACUGGUCAGCCGUCUGGCUGCAAGGCCAGUUUUAGACCUUCAAAUAAAUGUUUUUGUUUUUAUUUGAAGCUAGACCAGAAGUGGGGUUUUUUCUUCUUUUUUAUUUUUAUAGGCUGAAUGUGAAUUUUGGUUCCUCGAUCCAGCCUGCACAUACACAUGUACGUCUGUGUUGGUAUUAGUGUGUGUUGCUACAUAAUGUACAGCAACAUCUGUAAGGAGUGUUUUUGGGCCUGUAUAUUCAGCUGUUACGUAGGACAGACUUUUUUUGGUAAAGGACUGGUUCCUUUUUUAUUCCUUGUUGUCAAACACACCCUGAGGAUGUGUUUACGACCUGACAGUCGUAAAGAGGGAACCCUGUAAAAAGCUGCCUUUUUUAAAACCACAGCACCCUAACGUCACAUUGUUCUUAACAGUCACUUCUCCUCUCAUCUUUAAGCCUUUUUUUUUCUUUUAUUCUUCUCAUGGCUCCUGCCAAUCAUCUCAAAGAAUAAGCCAUCUGUUUCUGAUCGCCGACCAAUCAGAUCAGAGACCGACGCCCGCCGGCCAUCGGCAGCAUCAGCAUGUUGCAGUUCGUCUGCGCCGACAUUUACCGGCAUUUUACCGUCUGCCUUUCUCUCUUUACUACGGCCCAUUUUCAGACUGCUGCUCUCAUUUCACUCCUUCCUACAUUUUAUCCAUUUCUCAACCUUUUCCCUUCAUUCUCCAUUUCCUUUCUUUAAAAAACAAAAAUAAAAACAGAUGUUGCCUUAGGUAUAAUUUAUGUUACACAAACCAAAAAAAAAAGAAAAACAGGAGUACUUCAGUUUUUUUUUUUGCUGCUGAGCAGAUCUACUCUGCUUUGCAAAAAUGGGUUGAAAUUUUUCACAUUUUAUGACUUUUCCAACCAGAAAUUUCACUGUCGUUUGUUGGGAUUUUAUGUCGUAGAUUAACAAAGUGUUGCAUAAUUAUGAACUGGAAGGAAAUCUGCUUUGGACAACUAUUUUUAAAGUUUAGAUGUCUUCAUCUUCUUCCACGUGUUUCCUGUCUCUGCUAUAUGGGUUGAUGCUAAUUGGACUUCUGGUGGUUUCUUGAUGCACCAUCCUAAUAAAGACAUGGUUUAUAGUUUUCCAGUCAACAUAUUCUACCACCUGAGCUGUGGACCUCUGCAGCUCCUACAGAGCUACCAUGGCCCACUUGCCUACUUUUUUGAUGAAUUUGCUUCUGUUGCAUUUUAGGACACGUGCAACGUUCUCAUUUUGAUCUUUUCACCGUGAAAAAAAAUCUGAUUUGUGCCUCUUCCAUAAGUGGUACUGAUGCUGCGUACCAGUUGUACUCUGAACUGGGAAAUUCCAGCUUCCCCAGUCAGAACACCCUCUGAAAUUGGAUUUCCCUCUGGGAAACUGGGAGCAACUUCACUACCCCCAGUUAAAAUUUGUACAGUGGACUUCCUGGUGCAAUAUGGCCGCCUCUUGCAUCAACAGAAGUAAUCUGUGGUGGAAACAUUUUUAUUUAACAAGACACACAUCUAUGAGUGCGUCUAAAAUCAAUGUAGCCUUAAACUGAACAAAUCAGAAGUUGAGAUUGCUUUUGGAAAGUAAAGCUUAAAAUGGUGUUUGGGCGCCGCCAUGUUGAAAUUACUGCAUCUUAACUAGACGGCUGUUUGCUUUGGUUUGACGUCAAACCCAGCUGACAGUUCCCAGCUAACUGGAACGCCACAUUAACUGUAUCUCCAUUAGUUUUCAAACCGUUUGUAGACUGAACAGUGAUAUCAAAUUUUAUCCAACUUUCAAUGGCCGACGCUGAGAGUGAUGACACUUGGCUUUCUUUUUAUUAGAUUCCUUUGUCUUGUGAUCUUUUAAUGAUAUUGUCAACUCUUAUUGCUCAAUAACUUUCAUUGAUGGCUCCAUCCGUUGCUACUUCCAUAAACAUUUAAAUGCUGUGUGGCUUUGGGAUUGGACCCAAAAGUCUGAUUGCGCUUGCAUUUAAUUAGUAGUAUGAACACCCACAUAAAACAAAAUUUAAAUCUGAUUUUAGAAGAAAAAGAAAAGUCAGAUUUGAGCAUCAGGUACUGCUGUGUGAAUUUUAAGUGUUUAGGUUUUUGUAAGUCUCUUUCUAUUUUCAGAUGACAGAGCCCUGUGAGAUGAAUGGGAUUUUUAUUUUGGGCUGAAUACAGACGCAUUCCACACUUUUGAGAUUUUAUUUGUAGUUAUCCAAAAAAAAAAAAUUCCCCACUUUGCAAUUAUCCAUUACUUUGAGUUUAUCAAAUGAAAUCCUAUUUAAACUCUGAGGUUUGUGGUUGUAACACUUAUAAAUGUAAAGUUAAACUCUUUUGUAAGACACUCUGCUUCCUGUGGAGAAUCUCUGAUCUAUCGCUCCUUGUUUUGAAAUGUUUUCUUUUUCUUAUUAGAAGUGAGUGUUUAAUACUUAGGCCUUUAUAAAGCGACUCUGUUUAGGUAAGCAAUGCUAUUCACACGGACCUGUUUAAGUCUGGUCUGUUUUUAACUUGAUCAUCGCACCUCUUGAUGCCAAGCCUUGAAACAACAUUUAGUUGAACAAAACAAAUCCAUUCAGAUGCAUUUUUCUGGUGCAAUUGCUUUUGCCUUUAUCUGUGGCGUCUCCAGACUGAGCUCCCGGCGGUUUCUCUGAUUGGUCGGAUUGUUUUAGGCAACUUCAAUCAGUAGCUGAGUGGAUUUUUGUUUCUAAAUUCAGGUUUUGGAUUAUAUAUUAUAUAUAUCUUCUUAGACUGUUAUUGAUAUGUCUGUUUCUUUUUUUUACUGUUGGGGAAAAUUGCAAAAAAAUAAAAAAUAAAUAUAAAAAAAUGUCAAGUGAUUAUCAUUGAUGCUAAAUACAAGAGCUAAACCAUGCAGGAUGGAGUACUGGUGGAGGUGUUUUGCUUUGUUUUUUUGACAAUGAUUAGAAAAACAAAUGUAGCGAUAUCAACAACAGGUUUUGUUUUUUGCCCAAUUUUGUUACUCUUUUAUGCAACUUUAAUAAAAACAUUUGAAAUUGA